CGCCAAGCAGAUAGACAGCACCGAUUGUCACGGAACAACUCUUCUCGAUAUCAGCAUGGUCCACCAAGUAGAAACUUCCAUCAAGAGCCUAGAGACUCUCUCAAGUUGAGAUAUUCUUGUGCAGGCAGUCCGUCAAGCAGUCGAGGAGGAGGCGCGCCACUGCCUUUACAACAACUUGGGAGAGCCAAUACCAGAUCAGACUGCCACGAGGGUGAUACUGCCGCAACAGCGACUUCGUGCAUCUACGAUUGCGAUGACCACCUUGACGAGCCCUUAUCGGAAGGUGCGCAGUUCAAGCGCAUAAAGAACCACAGUAACCAGAACCAGAUCAUUUCAGGAUCAGGAGAAGCUAGACAAGAGUCUACAUCUUCUAGACCACACUCUGGAGAUACAAGAGGAGAUGUAGCCAAAGACGUUACUACCAAACUGUUGCAGAGGCAGAUGUUGCAAGGAGGCGGAGGCCCGGGUGGAGGUGAUGUUGCCCAAAAUAAAGCUAGGAUGACCAUAAAAUCAGCAG